CCGCAAUCAAGGUUGGGCUGUAAUGAAAACUACGAUCGAUAGAUCAUGAGGAAGUGACGGAAAAUAAACAAUUAAACAGUGGAGUCACCCAUUUCUGCGAAACUUUUCUUUCUUUGUUUGUGUGCCAAAGAUGGCAGCUAAGACUCUGAAAGAUGAAUUUCCUAUUCAUUGGCUCGUCUGGCACAACAGUUUCAGAGAAUUAGACGCUGAGCUUGAAAAGAAAUUGCACGACAUAGAACUUGUAGAUCCUAGAGGUCGCACGCCUCUUCACUUGUCUGUAACAUUGGGCAACUUGGAAAGUGCACGGGUUCUACUUAGGCAUGGUGCAAAUGCAAAUGCUGAAAAUAAAGGAUACUGGUCAGCCUUGCACGAAGCUGUUUGCACUGGCGACCCAGAGAUGGUACAAUUAGUGUUACAGUACAGAGACUUCCAACGCUAUUCCAAGAGAACGAUCGGUGUACCAGAUUUACUUAAAAAACUCCAAGAGUCCCCAGAUUUUUAUGUUGAAAUGAAAUGGGAGUUCACCAGUUGGGUGCCUCUCAUUUCCCGAAUGUGCCCCAGUGAUACAUACAAAGUGUGGAAGAAAGGUUCCAGUGUGAGAAUAGACACCACUCUGCUUGGCUUUGACAACAUGACGUGGCAGAGAGGCAGUCGCAGUUACAUUUUCAAGGUUACAGGAGACAACGCAGCCUCUAUCAUGGAAGUGGAUCACGACAUUCAUGAAGUUUACCAAGAGACGAUUCGUGUCCUCCCGGCUACUGCUGACUCGUCCGUCAUGCGACCUUCGGAGGACGCUGUCGCGGCUCGUCUGACAUCGCCUGCCUGCACCACUUACAUAGAUACAGAUAGAAUAUCUUUUGAGAGAAGCAAAUCAGGCAUAUGGGGAUGGCGAAGUGACAAGACGGAGUCGGUGAAUGGGUAUGAAUGUAAGGUUUUCACGGCGAACAAUGUGGAGUUGGUCACAAAGACUCGAACCGAGCAUCUAGCAGCAAAAGACAAGGUGAAGGCCAAGAAGUCGAGUAGCAAGACGCCGUUAGAGUCUUUCCUCGGCGCCACAGAGGAAACCAUGACCACCACCACCAGCAGCAACAGCCUUGACGCAAUGUCCACGUCGAUAUCGUACAACCCUGGUAACAUCAGCCCAGAGGAGUACUUCAGCCACGUGAUUGACCUUGGCGACAAGGACAUAGGCCGGCCCAUCGAGCAGAGCAGUAAGGUGCAGAAGUUCAAGGCCAGCCUGUGGCUGUGCGAAGGCUACCCACUGUCCCUCCAGGAGCAGGUCAUUCCGAUCAUUGACCUCAUGGCUCAGAGCAACGCGCACUUCGCCAAGCUCAGGGACUUCAUCACCCUCCAGCUGCCCGCCGGAUUCCCCAUCAAAAUUGAGAUCCCAUUGUUCCAUGUGCUGAACGCACGCAUCACUUUCGGCAAUAUCCAGGCGAGUGAGCAGGAGGCCCGUUACGUGACCACGGUGAAAACGCCUGAACAGAUCACUUGUAGCAUAGAGGAGGAGUGCUUCAAUGCUCCAGCCAGCUACGGGAGACUGGGUGGAGAUGGACAUCACGAACGUCUGAGAGAUGAAGAUGAUGAACUUCUACAGUUUGCCAUACAGCAAAGUCUGGUGGAACAAGGGACGGAGAAUGAGCAGGUCACCUUCUACGAGGCUCUGAACAAAGGCAAAGACGGGGGACCCAUGGAAGAUGAGGACAAAAUGUUGCAAAGAGCCAUCGCUGCCAGCUUCCAGUCCGGUGGUAUGGAUGGCUCAGAAAUCACCGCCAAUCCUGGCUUCGAGAAAAAUCACAGGCCCCUACCGCCGCAGCCCCGCCCUCCUCAAGGCCUUGCUUCGGAAGAGGAGGAUGACCAGCUGAGGAUGAUCCUUGAGUUGUCCAAGAAGGAGCAGGAGGAAGAAGAGAGGAGGAGGAAAGAAGAAGAAGAGGAGCUUCAGAAAAUUCUAGAGCUGUCUCUCAUGGAGAAGUGAUCCCAUUCAGUCAUCUGUCAUUGGUGUUGUGCGUGAAGUGGCCAUGCAUGAGAUUGUCGAUGAAAAAAAAAAAUUGCAAGAUUGUCUCGUUCUAGAAAUUUUUUUUUUUCCUUGAGAGCCUAAUUGUUUUAAUUGUGCAGAUGUUGAGAAUGAAUAUAAUGAUACAAGUCUGCUCCUAGAUACAUCAUGAGAAAUUUUAUCUGUAUCUCAUCUCCUUGGUAGGAAGUCAAGUUAGUUUAUUCUUCAAAAUUAUUUAGUAGUUUCGAACUAUAGUUAACCCCUUGCCUGCUCUGUGGGCUUACCUGGUACGCCCUAAUAAUUCACUCCCGUGUGCGCUGCAGGCGUACCUGAAAAAACCCUGUUUUGUUUCGUGCAUAUCUUCACUUCUACAUAGUUUUGAAUAACACGAGUUACAUCCCUGUAUUCUCUGUCCACUUACCGAUGUGAUCAUGCCUGUUUUUAGGCUAUUAGUCCCGGGAUUUGAAUGUAGCUAAAACAAAGAGACACGGUGUGUAGUGUGUUGUGCGCGAAUGACCAAGUCAGUCUGCCUCUCCUAGGUUUUUGCAUGCAGUCUACAUUCGCCACGAUGGCUUCGCAAAUGUUGACUAGGCCAAUGGAUUAGGUUAUUGCAGAAAUUUAUCAAACAAAGAUUUCAAUAUAUAUUCCUCUGAAAAAGGUUUUUGUCUUAGAUGUAAUCUCCGAGAUGACGAGGAGGCGAAAUUUUUUAAAAUCCCACUUUCACGUGCCAAAUUGUUCUACAGAAUACUUAUACCUAAAAAUGAGUCACACCAAUGGAUUGUGUGUUCAUUUCUCUUUUAUUUGACAUAGACUUUGCUAUAUCUAGUGCUUAUAGUAAGCGAGCUAUAGCCAUUCAAAAAGCAGAUCGUGUCCUACACAGCCACUGUGGAAAUUUCCUUAGCACAUGCCGUGGACUUAUGAUUAGCAGUCAAGGGGUUAAAAGUAUUAAGUUUAGUUUCUCUUUUAUUCUGAGGACAGAAGCAUUGACAACAAAGACAGUUUGAACUUUCAAGGGGUGAUAUGGCUCUAUGAGUGUGCAUCAUGUAUAAAUGCGUGUUUUUCCUAGAAGUACAAGCAAAAGAAUUUUGAUGAAAGAGGCCUCGAAUUUCCAGUGAGUAAAAUUUUAGUGAAGUGAUGUAGAAAGGUUUUGUUUUUUUCUGCCUCCUUUAGAAUAAGCUUUCUCACACUUUGCCAGCUUGCGAUCAACAUCAUCAUUAUUUUCAUUGCUUGAAUGUAGAUAAGAAUGAAAAAUGAAAAUGAUUUGCUCAGAGUCUGGGUGGAGAGUUUACUGACUGGCUUGCCUGUCAUCCUAGAAAAUCAAAGGAGAUGCUUUCUAGUCCUCGUUCGAAAAGCCACUGCUUGUGUAUGUCAAGUAUAUAUAUCUAUAUAUAUAUAGAUUGAUGUAUUGUGCAAUGCAAGUUGGUUCUUAUUUGUUCACAAUUUUCUGUUUCCGAGCUGAAGAAUCUACUAUACUGAUUGUAGCAAAAGUCUUUGCUGUUUAUUUUCUCUACUUUUUUCUUAAUUUGACAAAGUCGUAGCGAAGGUUGUCUUUGCUAAUUAUUUUCCCCCCAACUUUUUCUUACUCAGACAAAGUUGUUUUUGUUUUCCCUCUGUUAGCAGUCUUCAUAGCCAGAAAUGUGAUGGAAAUAUGUGAAUACUUAUUGUGCUUGCUUGUGUCCAGCCAAAGCUCAAUUUGUCUUAUGUGGUGACCAAAAUCUUUGUACAUUAUAACACUGUUUUGGGAUUACUUUUAUGUUCUUGCCUGUGUUUAUGUAGGCACAUUUGUAUGUGAAUGGAAACGCUUCAGUGUGUGUGUGUGAGUGUUUGUGCACGUUUCUUUGUCUCAAACGUGUUGCCAAUUUCUUAAUUAAUUUCAAUAAUGUGAUAUGAUAUGAGUUCUUUAUAUCUAUUUUAAUUAGUCUUAAUCUGAGAGGUGGAGGUUACCCAGAUCAGCUUUCUGAAACUCUCUGAAUCGGAUCCUUUUUUUCAGGUUUCAUCCUCCUAUGAAUAUGUCACUGCAAUGGUUCAGUUUGUCUGAGGAGAAGCUGGAAAUAUCUCAAGAAUUUUAUUUUCUUCCAAGGGAAGGGUUGAAAUAAGAACUUUUUUUUUCUUGCAGAUUUACUUUCUCUAUGAAAAGGCUUCUGUCUACCUUUAUGGUUUGUGAGAGUGCUUUUCAGCUUUUCUGUAUCCGAGAUACACUGUAAAUGUACAGACGCAGGUAUGUAGAUUGGGAGGCUUCUGCUGUUCUUGCUUUCUUUAAUUAAAUUUCAGCCUUUUUAAAAACUUAUUUUUUUAUUUUUUUAUUUAUUUAUUUGUUUAUUAUUUAUUUAUUUAUUUAUUUGUUUAUUAUUUAUUUAUUUAUUUAAGUUUUUGUUGGUUUUGUGGGUUGUUUUUGAAAUUGGGGGUGGGUGGGGCGAGGAGGGGGGGGGCUCAGUUGGUAUCAUGCUGACUACAAUACGGUUGACUCUGGUUUGAAUCCCUUUCAGGAUGUUUGAGAACUUGAAGUGUUUGGGAGUGUCCUUAGUUCUCCACCCUCAUUGCUCAGUCCUGUCGGAGAUGGACUUCACUUUCGAAAGUACCAACUCAUAAAUAACUUGCAUUGUUGAAACGGCCUUGAGCCCAUCAACGAUACAACAGUUAUUUCGUGCGAAAUUUGCGGGAUUCAUCAAGAGGACUGUGAGCCUUUCAGUUCUCAAGGGGUUUGUCCUGAACAAUCUUCAAUGAAGGUGCAAUAUUUUCAAUCUCGUUCAAGGUGUAGAAACACCUACCCUACUUUUUAAAAAAGAUUUUUUUUUGUUAUGCUCAAAGAAAGUUUUCCGUCAUAUUUAGAGUAGGUAAAUAUCCAGAAGGCAUUCAGUCUUGAUCAUUGCCAACGUUGUCCAACAGUAGUGAUGAUGAGAAUUUUCACAGGAAAGCGA